CUAACUACAUUUCAAUGUGAAAUGGUGUAUACAAAUAAUAUACUCUUCUCAAACUUUCCCGGAAAAUCUCCUAUAUCAAAUACAAUGAAGCAAUCAUCUAUAUAUAUAUAUAUAUGCAUGUUCAGAGAGGAGACUUCAGAAUUAAACUAUCAAAAUCACAGCUAUUUUUUUUCUUUUUUUUGGUGAACGAGGGCAUGAGGCUCGUUUGGGUACCUAGGCCUGUGUUUCUAUUGCUGUUCCUAGCUGUUGUUCUUGUCCUGAGCUCAUUGUUUCAGUCGAUUUCGAAACAAAAAAAUCUUCAAUUCUCAUCGAAUCCUCUAUUCGUGUUUUCGCUCUGUAACAUCAUAAUCUUUGCCAUCAUUGUUGGAGAUCAUCGGCCACCUACUGAGGAAGUUGACAGCAUCUUACCAUUCCUAUCAGGUUCAGCAGAGGAUGCAACUGAUGGUGUUGAGGAUGAUGGUAGCAACAAGCACUGCAAUAUGGAUGGUCAUGUUAAUGGCAGUGAGGAUGUUGACGAUCAAGUUGAUGAAAGUGAAGAAGAAGAUGGAGAAUAUGAUUCUGACGGUUACAACGAAGAUGAUGAUGACAAUGGUAGCGAUGAUGAAAUUGGCUGGGAAGACACAGACGAAUCUGAUGAUAACUUGGAGACAAGGGUCGAAAACUUCAUUGAUAGGGUUUACAAGGGAUGGCGAGAAGAGAGGUUAAGGGAUACUCCAUGCAAUCCCCUGCAAUUUUUAGGUUGCAUCAAUCCCUUAUAAUCUUUACAGUUGUAAAAACAUUACCUCAAAUUUUCUCCACAAAGUAGAUUGAAUAUGUAGAGCAAAUUAGAUCAUACAAACAAAACUCAACCUCAACCAAAUUUGCCCUCUGUAAAAUACCAAAUAUGUUUUUGUAUUUUUCUGCCUCGUCGUCUCCUUUGAGGUGAAAUAAGUGUACCUUUCUAUAUAAUGUUGUUGCCUUCCACAAUUCUUUCCUUUUUCAGUUGACAACUUUUGUAAAGAAGA